AUGCCCGGAUCUCAGAGCUCCAAACUACGCGAACGCUGCCACCGACUGUGGGGGGCCUUGGGAACCUCGCUGGACGAGGAGCCGACGCGGCGGGUGCGGGAACUGCAGCCUGCAAUCCCACAGUUGGCGGAGCCCGCCUUCAAGAACAGCACCGUGCCCUGGGCCACAGCUUCUACUCAUCAGUUCAGAAAUGGAGAAGGUUUAGCCGAGGAGACUAGCUGGGGAUGCUCUCUGUCCCAGCCCCUGCCCUCGGCCUCGCCCCGCGCGUCCCCACUCCCACCCCGAGCCCUUGGGGCGCGCUCACCCCGCUCUCCUCGGCUCUCCGCAGGCGAGCAGCAGUACUCUGUGCCGCCCCCCGUCUAUGGCUGCCACACCCCCACCGACAGCUGCACUGGCAGCCAGGCCCUUCUGCUGAGGACGCCCUACAGCAGUGACAAUUUAUACCAAAUGACCUCCCAGCUUGAAUGCAUGACCUGGAAUCAGAUGAACUUAGGAGCCACCUUAAAGGGAGUUGCUGCUGGGAGCUCCAGCUCAGUGAAAUGGACAGAAGGGCAGAGCAACCACGGCACAGGGUAUGAGAGUGAUAACCACACCACGCCCAUCCUCUGCGGUGCCCAGUACAGAAUACACACUCAUGGCGUCUUUAGGGGCAUUCAGGAUGUGCGACGUGUGCCCGGAGUUGCCCCGACUCUUGUCCGGUCGGCGUCGGAGACCAGUGAGAAACGCCCCUUCAUGUGUGCUUACCCGGGCUGCAAUAAGAGAUAUUUUAAGCUGUCACACUUACAGAUGCACAGCCGGAAGCACACUGGUGAGAAACCAUACCAAUGUGACUUCAAGGACUGUGAGCGAAGGUUUUCUCGUUCAGACCAGCUCAAAAGACACCAAAGGAGACACACAGGUGAAAAGCCCUUCAGCUGUCGGUGGCCCAGUUGUCAGAAAAAGUUUGCCCGGUCAGACGAACUAGUCCGCCAUCACAACAUGCACCAGAGAAACAUGACCAAACUCCAGCUGGCGCUUUGA